CUGCCGGUUGCGCUGUUAUAAAGCUGCCACAUUCAAGACCACUCCAGCCAGGUGUGGCCAUCCUCUCCGCUACAUCUCCCAAUAAGCCUGUCCUUGUCCCUCGUUCCGUUUUGUGCUCCAGUGAGACACAGUCGUUACAAUCCUGCAGGCAUUGGCGCUUCUCGAAUCUUUUCCUCCGUGCAUUAUACACCAUCAUGCAUACUUACGCUGUUCCCAUGGCCGCCCUGGUCACUGUCGCCUUGGCCUCCCCGUCGGCCAUCACACUUCCUCGCCAGCUGCAUCCCUUCCUGCCCCUCGAGGUGCGCCAGGGGAACGUCUCUCCAGGCCAGUAUGCCUGCCACGAGGCUUGCGGCGAGACCAUUCUCAAGGCCACUGGCGACUACUGCGACAGUCCGGCGUGGGUCGAUUACUACGAGGAGUGUAUGAGCUGUGCCAACGACUACGGCAUUUGGAAGUGGUACGGCGACAAGGUCACCGUAGCUGCCAAGCAAUGUGGUCGUGAUGCCAUUCCGGACCCGGCCGACUCGAGUGCGCCCUCUGCCGGCCCUUCUUCUACAGCGCCGCCCGUUGCUGUCUCUCAAACGUCGUCUGUUGCAUCUUCGACUGUCCCAUCCCCCACGGCCACCGGCACUCCUUCUCCGAACUCCAGCACUGCUAGUGGCAUUGGUGGCAUCAACCCAACGAUUACGCCAAAUCCGACUAUUUCAAGCCCCACGCCCAGUGUUAGUGUUCCGAUUGCCGCUGCUACGGCUCUUGGCCACAACCACAUGAUGGCAAUGGGUAUUGCUGGAAUCAUCGCUCUUCCAGCGAUCCUGUAGAGGUAUGCCGAGACGACACUGUUCGAGGACUGGGCACUUGAAGUGUGGAGAUAGGGGAUAGGAUCGACUGAAGAUUGUCAAUUGAGCCAACAGUUGCAGUGGACUUGAGCCUAGCUAGACUUCGUGGAGCAGCAGGCUCGAAACAACCACACUUGUUACAUGUACCAAUACAAGCAGCUCCC